AUGUACCACUCUUUGUGGUCACAGAUUAUAGAAUUUUGUAGUUUCUGCAAAAAAUGUUUGCAGUCUUCCAUCGACAGGUCUGGCCAAAGGUGCCCUUUAUGCCGGAAAUGGAUAAGAGGAGAAUCUUCUGAUGUGAACAUAGUUCUUUGGAACACAAUACAACAUAUAUUUCCGCGUGAAGUUGAAGCUAGGAAAGCAGCCAAUGCUUUAAGUGCACAACCAUGUGAAGCAUCUAACAGGCCCUUCUUUGGACGACGUAUCUUCCAUCUCUUAUUAGACAUUUCAAUGAGUGCUUUGAGUUUGCUGAUGCUCGUCUUCAAGAUCGCGCCUUUUAAGGCGUUUAUCAAACCUAAAUCCGAUGUAAUUUAUGAUGCUGAAGUACCCUUUAAUCUAACAGGGAUUAAAAUUUCAGCAAUUAUGGUUAGAAGUAAAACUUUAUUGAACAAAGGUGUUCAAAGUUAUAAAGAAUUCGAGAUGCCAAUAGGUGUUACCGAAAAACCUUAUGUUAAUAAACUUGUUUUGGUUUACCAUAAUUUAGCCUAUGACGCAACAAAUUUGUUUGCUUCAAAUUUACCAGAAUUGGAUUUAAGAGCUUAUGAGAAACCAAUUUUGGUUAAUUUCUCCAAUGUGACAAAAUCAUUACCAUUUGGUUCUUUAGCCAAAUGUGUGUAUUUUGAUUUAUAUGGUUAUGUAAAGUUUGACACUUUAUUAAAUAGAAAUGUUUGUACAAUAUUUCAACAAGGGCAUGUUUCAAUUGUUGUAGAAUCAAAAGAUCAAGUGAAAGAUCACGGGAAGCAUGAGUUCAAGAUGAAGAUUGAGGGGAUUAUAUGUUUGGUUUGUGGGAUUGUUUUGUUGAUGAUAAUGUUUGGUUUAUUCAUUAGAUUGAGAAGGAAAAAAAGGUUAGAGAGAAAGCAAUUGGAAUUUGAAGAUGAUAAUUAUGAAACAUUGAAGAUGUCAUCAUUUGGUCAUACCAAAGUACCAAUGGCAUUAGGGACUCGAACAAAACCAAUGAUUGAAAUGGAUUUUGUUCCUUAA